CCAUAACCGCACAGAAUUCUACCCAACUUUUCCUUCUUCUAUGUUACUUUAUUUCUCUUUCUCUAUUUUUGUCUCCAUUUCGAUUCGAUUCAGUUCCCAGCAAUAAAUUAUAAGAACGCAACCAGGAGAAAAAAAAAAAAAAGAAAUUGCAACUCUCACCCCUUCUGCUUCUCGAAUUCUCAAUUCAACCCUUCUCGAAAUCUCAACUCCUCUUGCAAGCAGACCCUCUCCUUUUGUACAGGGAGGAAAUCGAAGGGGUGCUGCUUUGCAGAUCUGAUCCAAGUUCAUGCGUUGAGAGAGUGAUUUUCUGCAUUUAACGACAUGGGUAUGCUGUUUACAAAAAUGUUCUCUUCUCUGUUUGGAAACAAGGAGGCUCGGAUCCUUGUUCUCGGCCUUGACAAUGCCGGCAAAACCACCAUUCUCUAUCGGCUUCAGAUGGGUGAAGUUGUCUCCACAAUUCCAACAAUUGGAUUUAAUGUUGAAACAGUGCAGUACAAUAACAUCAAAUUUCAAGUUUGGGAUUUAGGUGGACAAACAAGUAUCAGGCCAUAUUGGAGAUGCUACUUUCCAAAUACUCAGGCUAUAAUCUAUGUUGUUGAUUCAAGUGACAGAGAUAGGCUAGUGAUAGCUAAAGAGGAAUUUCAUGCAAUCUUGGAGGAGGAGGAGCUAAGAGGAGCAAUAGUUCUUAUUUUUGCAAAUAAGCAGGAUCUUCCAGGUGCACUUGAUGAUGUUGCUGUUACAGAGGCUUUGGAGUUACACAAGAUAAAAAAUCGCCAAUGGGCUAUUUUUAAAACUUCGGCAAUUAAAGGGGAAGGUCUUUUUGAAGGCUUGGACUGGUUGAGUAAUACGCUUAAAUCCGGAAGUGGCUAACUUUGGGUGUGAAGAAUUAGAAGCUUGCUGCUAUGUGAUCAGGCUGGAGCGAGGAACUGGGAAUGGUGUUUGCUUGAUAUGAUAUGAUGGAAAUUUGAGCUGCGGGCACCGUUGUGUCAAUUGACCUUCCAAAUUUUAUGCUAUUUAUUAUUAUUAUUAUUAUUAUUUGGAUAAACCUCUGGUAUACAUGUAAAAUUUUGUCAAUUGACCUUAAUUUUUUUUUACCAUUGUACUUCCCCUUCCCUACUGCAGAAGCUACCUUUCCUUCUCAACUUCAGAAUCAGCUUUCCUUUUGUAGUCUGCUUUCUGAGUUGGAUAUUCAGCUGCAAAAUCUUCUACUUUUCUUGCUUCGAUCAAUUCAAGUUGAGGUUGUUUUCUCUCUAAA